AUGACCAAGAUCAGCCUCAUACACUUGUUGCUGAACGGGGCACUUUUAGCCAUGCCCUACAACUGGGGCAGCAUUGCUUUUGCAGAGAUCCAGGGGAUACAGCCCACCAGCACCAUACGAAUCGGCCUUCAUCGCGCCUGCAUCGCGCUCAAAGAACACGAAGAAUGCCUGAAUAUGAAUGGCUUGAAAAGUAGUGCAGGCAUCUCCAUAGUGGAUGACGCGAACGAGAGUUCGCUACGGGUCACGCGAUACUUCGAUGUGGUCACAUUGAUUAAAGUUGAUAGCGUAGCAACCCUCUUGCUUGCAGCCUGUGGCUGGAUCGUGAUGCGGUUCCGUCUUCGUAGAGCGAUGGGAUGGUGGAGCCUGGCGACGAUGGUACUUUGUU